AUGAGCCAAGCGGAGAGCUCGGGUGCUGGUCGCUCGGCUGGCGCUGGAGGAAACAGGACCAUCUCAGCGCUCUCGCAAGCAGUGUCACAACUAUCGCGGACGUCGCGAAGCAGGCAGGAUGGAGCGGGCUCAAGCUUGGAAAUCGGCGAAGAUGCGGACAUGGAUGCAUACAUUGGUCAGAUGCUCUUGGAAGAUGCCAGAGCUCGUGCAGAGGGGUCAUCAUUCAGAAACCGCACCUCAAGUUCCGCACCUUCUCAGGCUAGAGCUGCCCCAACCAACAAAGGCUUUCUCGCCAGAGUGAUCAAUCAGGUAGAUGGUCACAACAGAGCCGUCUUGGCCAGGCAAGGCCACUCCGGUGACUGGUCCGAAGCAGAACAGAAGCACCUGCGAGACAGCACCAGUUCCAACUCUUCAGUGUGGAGGGCGUCUAGCAGAGAAAGAGGGGGCGAAGAACCCCUUCGCUGGGCAGACGUGCAAAACGACGUAAGGCGCAGAGGCAAUCCACGCAAGGGAGAAGCGGGCAUGUUGGAUGCUAGGGAGCAAGAGUUGAGAGCCACAUUGACACGACCGCGAGCGGGCGAUGCCGGGAGCCCCAAGUCGGAAAAUCUAUGUGACGCUGCCCAUGGGGAAAGCCAAGCUUCAAGUAGACGUCAGAGACUUGUGCAGCAAGACUCCAUCCAUCAUCUACCCGAUCUUCCGCGCGAUGACGCAAAAUCUACUCAAUCCAGGCGCGGCUCACACCACCGAAGCUCGGAUGCACCAAAGCACGACAAGGGUGACCGAGCCGCCCGUUUACCGGACGCUGAGCGCGAGCUGUACAGCUCCAAGAUGGAUCGCUACUUCGAGCCGGAUUACGAUGCCGCGCUAGAUGCGACUCACGUGGGAGACGCAGGUAUAGAGGAUGCUCAAGAGGGCGAGAUGCUUCGCGAGACGGGUUGGGAAAAGAUGUGGGAGGUUGUCAAGGAGCGAAAAGAGCGAAAGGAGAAGGAGGAACGCGAGCGAAAGGAGCGUAAACUUGUAAGAGAGCAAAAGAGACGGAGGAGGUCAGAAAGGAAGCAAGACACAGAAACGCCGGUGGAGAAGGACAAGACGACACGCCAUGAGCGCUCCAGACACGGAUCCCAUCGCGGUCACCACAAAGAGGGCUCUGAAAAGUCCGACCGCCAUCUACGUGACAAAGAACACUCGUCGCGCCACGAAGCUGGCGAGAAAUCAAAGUCCAGGCGCCAUCGAGCCGCCUCGCCUGCUUCUGAAUCCUCAUCAGACUCACGAACAGCUAAGCGAAGCAAAGUGAGAGGGGCGCGACCUGCGUCGCCGAAGAUAAGGGAGGGGGACACGGGCAAGCCGAGUGGGGUCUCUCCAUUCCCGGCAAAAGUGAGAGAAUGGGAUAUGGGAAAGAGGAGUCCGUUCUGA